UAAUUCCGCGGUCCGGAAAAGUUGGCCGAUUAUUUGGAAGUUCAGUUUCUGACAUCCUGAAUCUACAACUGGUGCUCCACAGGUACGAUUGCAGCUUUUGGCUUCUCUGGUGCCUCGAUAUGAUCAGGCCCCGUUUCUCAGGAUGUCUAACUGCCCGAGUUUCACAGAGUACUCCCCCGCAAACGUUUCGACGAUACAAAUCAAUCACAGCAGCCAUCGAGAGAGGAAGGCAAAGUUCAGAGGAUACACCAUAUGCGAGUGGCAGAUCCAGUCACAGAGAUCGAUCAACAUAUCCCGCGAGAGAUGAACGUAGACCUCCUCUAAGACCUUUCUUUGGACGUCGCGCUCGUCCUGUGGAAAGAAAUAAGAGAAUCGGAGCUGCAUUCCCCUGGGAGCGGGAUUCGGGAGAGAGCGAGCGCGAGCGUCCCAGCAGAGAGACUCUAGAUGGACAUGCUCAAGUAGAUAUGGAUCCUGACAGACAGGGCCCACGCUUUCGAACGCGAAGGGACCAAGAAGUUUCUGACGCGCCCGAGGCUCCCAAUCCUAUUAGAUCGCUUCUCUAUUCAACUGCCGCAUCUGAAUUCAUCUAUGGCUUUUCGAGUGUUUUUGCCGCCUUGAGAGCAGGUCGCAGACGUCUAUACAACCUAUAUGUACAUGAUCGAUGCCUCAACAAUACUGAUAGUGAAUCACUCGUCGCUCGGGCGAAAUUCAUGGCGGUGAGGAUAAAUGUGGUUGGCGAUGAGUACCUACCAGCACUAGACAAGGCCAGCAAGGGCAGACCGCACAAUGGUGUCGUAUUAGAAGCGUCACCGUUACCAGUUCCUCCCAUUACCGCCUUGCAAUCACGCCCACUUCCACAAAGCAUGUUCGGAGUCGCCUUGGGCAAGCAAAGCAAGGAAGACAUGACUGUCAAUGGCACACGGACGGAGUAUGAAUACGAUUCAGCAGGGUGGAGGCAUCCAUUGGUACUCUACGUUGAUGGUGUGCUCAAUGAGGGAAACCUGGGUGCCAUUGCCCGGUCGGUCUAUUUCCUCGGCGUGGAUGCCAUAGUAACUCCUACGCGGAGAAGUGCGCCUUGGAGUGAUAUUACCAUCAAGGCGGCUGCCGGCGCGGCAGAGGGCAUACCCAUCUUCAGCGUGGCACAACCCGCGGAUUUCCUAGGCCAGAGUGCGCGGGAUGGAUGGAGGAUCUACGCGGCUGAUGCUGUUCCCGCCUCGCCCCCGAGCAAACCGAUACCUGGAGAGGCACCCAGAGAGAAGCAUAGCCGGGUGGUCUACACUAUAGCUCGAAGCUUGAAGAUGAUGCCGGCAGACCACUGCCCUGUCCAGCAGCAUCCCACUCUGUUGAUGAUGGGCGACGAAGGCACAGGGCUCCGGAGCAGUCUCCUCAACGCUGCACACUUCAAAGUCGGGAUCCGACACAGCCGGCAGGUGGACCACCUGGGGGUGGACAGUCUGAACGUCAGCGUAGCGGCCGGGUUGCUGUGCUACGAAAUACUGCAAAAGCCGCAGAAGAAGGACCUGUUAUUCUAG